AUGAUAGAGAUACCAGAGAUCAGUAUUCGUACUUUGAAAGAAAAGUUAAGAGGAUUUUCGGUACCAUCUUUGUUACCAGAGCGAAUAAGACCUAUAAAUAAACUUGAUAUAACCAUUGACAAAGAAAACAAUAUCAAAUUGAAUACCCCAAUUACUUUGCAACAAGCGUGGAAUUAUUUCUAUGCAUUAAAUCAAUGCCCUCGAAAUGGUCCUCGAAAAUUGGAAUACAUUAGAAGCAGGUGGUUUGGAAUGACUGAUUUGAUGAGAAACGAGUAUCGUUUAAUUUACCAAGAAUUGCUACAGAAUGGGAAGGAUGUUUGGGAUAACCAACAUGUCGACCUUAGAUUGAUUUUAUCCGAGAACAUCUCCGUACUUACUGGAGUUAAAUAUAAAUUCAUCGACAAUAAAAUUGUACUACAGGACGAAGUUAAUCUAAACAAUGCUGAGAAGUAUUUUAACGAAUUGAAUAAUCCGAUCAACAACGGGGUUAAUGCAUUUGAAAUUCUUUCUCACGAAGAAAAGCUUGAAUACAGGGAUGCCUAUCUUGAAUUAUUGUCUUCUGGAAGGGAUUUGUAUAAUGGGAAAAUCGUCCCCCUUACAGGGGCUCCGUCGGAGGAUGAUGAUCACCCCUAUAUUGAGCCCGAGCCUGAGCCCGAGCCUGAAGCAGCUGUCGGAAUGGUAAAAAAACUCGGUAACACCAAGCUAAGAGACUUUUAUGUUUCAUUAGCGACUCCGCACUACUACCCCUCGGGUAUCCGAGGACCCUUAUUAUCUCCAAUUGUCCGGCAAGAAUUUCCUUCCCUUUCCAAGGAACAAUGGAACCAUUGCAUGACAAUAUAUUUAGAUCGGCGUUCUAGGAAGAAGGAAUCCUCACCAAAGAAACAGGUGUCGUCUGGUACGGAUGAAUUUGAAAGAGAUUUCCGCCAUGUCUAUGCCUGGAUGUAUUUUCGUUUCAAAGCCGGUCAAGAUGGGGCUUUCCUGGUUUCUCUCAGUCAGAAGUGGAGUAAGCUUUCGAAGGAAGAAAGGAACAAAUACGGAUUGGAGUAUCAAAAGAUUUUGAAUUCGGGUUAUUGCAUUUAUAAUAAAAAAUUGAUUCCAAUACAGGAAAAGGCGAACAUCGAGAGUCGCAAACCUCCAGCUAAAUUUAGCUGGGGGGGUAGAGCAUUUCGAUAUUACUGUGCAAAGAGAGCAGUUCAGCUACGAACGACCUCCACAAAGGCCAAGGAAAUAAGAGAAGAGUGGAACAAGCUAGAUAGUGACCAACGAGACGAAUGGGUAGAGGAGCUUAAAAGAUUGGUUUAUGAAGGGAAAGGCGAAUGUAAUUCACCAACAAUAAUCAAGUUAAUAGUCAAAAUUAGACGAGCCCUAAAUUCCCAAUCCAGAGGAGUUACACUGGGAGAACAGGAAGUGGCUCUUUCUCGGGAAGAAAUAUGGAAUUAUUUCGCAACUAAGCGAACAAGAGAAUUGGCCGACACUGAAGUGGCGAAUAUCUCAGUUGCACAUACGCAGAAGAAGGAAUGGAAUGAAAUAUCCUUACAGGAAUAUGAUAGACUUGAACGAGAGUACAAGCAAGCGAUUUCUCAUUCAAAAGAUGCAAUUUGGCCGAAACAGCUGGAAUGA